UCUUGUAUCAAUUAUUCUAAUCUAUUCUGUGCUUAUACAGUGGCACAGUAAAGUAUACUACGUAACUGUCAUUCAAAUACUUAUUUUAUGUUUUGGUUUAAACUUUUAAAACGUUUGAGACGUUUGAGUACUGUUUUCACUAUUUUUAGUUUUGUUAAAUGAUUUAUUUAUAUCAAUAAUAAUUAAGUAAAAACUAAAUACUUUGAACAAUUUAGUGUUGUCAAUAAAAUUGUCAAUAUCAAUAUUGAAUGAUUGAACAAGCAAACAGCGGGAAAACUAAUUUUCAGAUUUCUAUGAUUGCUUAAAGACAAUUUGAUAACAAUUUACUUGUUUUACUUUGAUUUCGUAGUAUAUUUAAUAUUAUUUAUUAUUCAAGUACACCUAAUAAUAUUCACAAUUUUAAAUUCGCCGAAUCAGUAUUUUAUACUUUGUAAAAUUAAGUAGUCACUAUUCAGUACUUAGUAAUACUGUUCUGUGGUAAUAGUCGACAAGUGUAAACUACAACUUUGAGAAAAAUGUCGGACUCUAACGUUUCUAACUCAAAUUAUGAAGUUGAGAAUUCAACUAAUAACGUUCUUGAAUCACAAAUUGAAUGUCUGGACAAUACAGCAGUAAUAACUGACAACUAUACUCUUUAUGAUGUCCUACAAAAAUUUAAAGAUCAAGUAAGGGUUAUGGCUGCAAGAGUGAGUCAAUUAGAUCAAUGUAUAAACCUUGUUAAAAAUCCAGCUGAUCCAUCAACACACCAAGAGAUACUUAAAACUAAAAAAAACAUCAUUAAUGGAAUUACCCACUUAUUAAAAGAGACAAAACCUUUAAAUUACCCUAAUUUUCAAUCUUUAAGUUCAGUUAAACUUUUAAAAACAUAUGAAAAGGUAUCUUCAGAAUGUAAAUUACUUCUGAAUAAUAUUAAACAAGAUAAUGCAAAUAUUAUUAAACGUACUGAUCGGUUCAACAAUUUAUCAAUAUUUAUGAAAGAUUUUCAACAAGAAAUAGACAAAAUUGAAGCUCAAAAUACUAUAAGUACAGAAAUGGAAAUAGAAGUUGCUCGAGAAUUUAAAGAAUGCAAAUCUGAUAUGUAUACAUUGUUAUCACAAGUAGAUCCGUCAUCUACAUUGAAAGAGGUUUUGAGUUUACUCGUGGAGUGUAAUGAUGAAGAUGAAGAAGAUUGCUGGGUAGACCUUACAAAUAUGCCUCAUUUAGUCUUGCAAUGUCAUAAUCUGAAAAAACAAGGAUUUGUUUUACAAAAUGAACAAAAUAAAUUUCUUUUUAAAUUAAACAUUUAAAUAAUAAUUUUUGUUGAGUUAACUACAGUAAUUUUUUUAUUAGUUAACAUGUUGAAAAGUAAAAUAUCUUAUUAUUUUUAUCCAAAACAAAAUAUUAUUUUAUUUAUUAAUAUGUAUUAUUACAAUUGUAGAUACAAUUUUUUUUAUUAUCUUAUUUUAGUAUUUUACCAUUCAUUCAUCCGUCUGUCAAUACAAACUUGUAGUUAAAGACAAGUUACUAUUUUUAUUUUUUUAUUUUUUUAAAAGAAAAAUUAACAAUGAAAUAAAUUAACAAUUUAUUAACACGUGUAAUGAAAACCCUGAUUAUAUUAAUUUAUUUGUUACUAUUACUUGUUUUUUCUUGUAAAUAAAAUAUUUAUUGUGUGUAAUAACAUGUAUUUUUAUUGUUAAUCUUUAUUAUUUGUUAAAUCAUACAUUUAAUUUUACACCGUAUUGUCCGUAUUCUUGUAUACUUAUGUUAAUAAUAAAUAUAAUAUAUUGUAUUAUUUAAAUUACAAACGCCUUUAAAUAU